AUGGGAUUUUGUAACUAUUCUACUAACUAUGCAGAAGGUAACUUUUUAAUUUCUAUAGAUCGUCAGUAUGUGAGAUUUAGAUUUAAAAUAUCUUUGCAUAUUGAUGAUGUAGAAGUUCUUAAUACAAUUAAAUCUAAUUUAAAUGUAGGUACUGUUACAUUAGAAAGUAGUAGAAACCGUUGUUCUUAUAUUAUACAAAAUUACGAAGAAAUUAAAAAUGUUAUAUGCCCUAUCUUUAAUGCAUUUCCUUUGCAUACCAGUAAAAGAUUAGACUUUGAAAAUUUUUCUCAAGCGAUCUUUAUUAAAGAUAAUAAAAAAUUAUCUAAUACUGAUAUAAGCAAAAUAACAGGAUCGGCUUUAUAUUUUCAAGUUGCUCAAAAAAAUACAAGUCAAGAAAGUUUAAAUGCUAUAACAACCUUUUUAACUGGACUAUCUAAUAAUGUUUUACAAAACAGUAAAAUAUUACCUUUGAAUGUAAUAAAUACAAUGAAUGUUAGAACAGAUGUAGUAUCUUUAGUUGUAAAUAGUGUAGAUUCUCUUUAUUAUUACCUUUUACCUUUAUUGGAUACCUCUAAGAUAGUAGCCCUGCUAUUGAAAAUAAAAGGUUAUUACUAUUUACCUGAAGGUAAAACCCUGUUUUUAGAUAUAUCUGACAUUCUUAAUAAAAGAUACAGUACAAAUACUACUAAAAAGAUAUCUGAAAUUAUUGAUAACAUUUUUAAAAGAUCUCAAAUCAUUUUUGAAAAAGAUCCCCCUUUUGAUGUUAAAUCUAAUAUACCCCACUCAGAUAAUGUUCGGAAAUUUAGUAUACAAAAUAGAGCUGAUAACCCUAAAGUUGUAUAUAUAUACACAAAUAAGGGUAUGGUUGAAGGUUCUCCUUUUGUUUCAUACAGUUCUGCACAUAAAGCGUUAGGAUUAAACCCUAGUAGUAAUACAUGUAAUCGUUACAUAGAUACAGGUAGGUUAUAUAAAAAUAAUUUUAUUUUUUCAUCUAAACCCAUAGAUAGUGCGUCUAGGGAUUAA